GAUAAGCAAAAACCAACGGAAAAGAGUUGUAAAGCUUAAGACAACUGACGGAAUCCGGCGAAAUGCGUGUUUCUGAAUCCCAAGAGUUUUCAACGCUGAAAACCCUGAUAUAUGAUGAUGAUUAUGAUGAUUCAGGGAGAUUAAUUCGAGGUUGGGUUUGGGUUUGUAUUGAUGAUGAACAUAGAGAAAGUCAAAAUAUUUGGUGUGAUUUGAUUUUGCUUGGAACAAGCGGAAUUUCCGAUCGGCGGACGAAAAUUCAGAGGGAUCCAGUUCCAGAAAUUAUUGUUGCAACAGGCCGGAUUUCAGAAUUUAAUUUGUGGAAAUUCGGAGUUUUUGAUUUGGAGAUCGUAUAGGAGGAACAUAAAAGUCAAAUUACUAGGAUCGAAUUGGCUCGGCGGUAAGCGGAGAUUUCGUUUCCGUUCAACCAAGGGUGGGAAUUUUCCAGGGAGUUGAACCGAUCGGAGCAGUUUAAAGAUCGGAGAUUGGAAGUCAAAAGUGGAGAAGGAAAUCAGCUCGGCCGCAGGCGAAAUUAGCGUGUCUGUUAGGAAGCGGAUUGAAGGAUUGCAGGGCGCAGGAUUCGUGGCUGGAGAUUGGAAAUCGACAGAAGUGGGAAUAAGUUCUGCGGGAAGCGCAAAUUCUGAUUGAAUUUAGGUAGAUUGAGAGUUGAUUCUGGAAAACAGGGGUUGGUAGGGUUUGCCUUUUUCAAAUUCAGCAGUGGCGAGUUAAUUGCAUGGCUCAGGCAUCGAUUUUUCCCGUGAGAAAGAGGCGGCUUUCGAUCGGAGCUUUUAUCCCUCCCGUUUCCCGAAUUGCUAUGGCAAGUGCGCUGGUGUUUCUCGCGCAGGAGAUCUCACGCUGCCUGAAACCCCGGGUAUGUCAGAGGCGAAACGCUACUGUCAUGAUGAGAAGAAUAAAGGUUUUAUCGGUGCUUUUCGAAGUUGUUAGGGAUUCAGGGCAGCCGAUGCCUCCCUCCGCCAUGUUGUGCUUCAAUGAGCUGUAUAUUACGCUUCAGAGGACCAAGGUUUUGCUGCAGGAAUGCAACGAUGGAAGCAAGGUCUGGUUGUUGAUGCAAGCGGAAUCCAUGGCUUAUCAGUUUCACGAGCUCACGCAGGAGAUUGUGACGGCUCUGGAUGUCUUUCCGUUAAAAUUGCUGGACAUUUCCGAGGACGUGCGAGAGCAGUUGGAGCUGUUGCAUCGGCAGGCGAAACGGUCCAAGGUCUCCGUCGAUCCUCUCGAGGAUGAGCUCCGGAAGGAUGUUAUUUCCGUUCUGGAUGAAUUUGAGAGAAAAGUUACUCCGGAUUCUGCCAAAUUGCAGAAGAUUUUCGAGCACUUGGAGAUAAGAAACGGUAAAGAUUGCAGAAACGAGGUUCGGUUACUGGAGGAAGAGAUCGGGAAUCAGUGCAACAACCCUACCGGCAUUGACGGUCCAGUUUCUUUGCUCAACAGUCUGAUAAGCCUCAUCCGCUAUUGCAAAUGCGUCUUGUUUGGCGUCACCGACAUGGAAUCCGACACCGAUAAAAAUAAAACCACUGGUUCAAAUCCAAAGCCUGAAAAUGGCGAAGAUGGAUAUGCUAUCCCUGACGAUUUUCGGUGCCCUAUUUCUCUGGACCUGAUGCGAGAUCCUGUGAUCGUCUCCACCGGCCAGACGUAUGAUCGCUUUUCCAUAACCCGCUGGAUCGACGAAGGCCAUUCCACCUGUCCUAAGAGCGGCCAGGGUCUGCUACACAACAAUCUCAUUCCAAACUAUGCUCUGCGAAACCUAAUCCAGCACUGGUGCGAAAGCCAUGGCGUCCCCUUCGACAAACCAGAAAAGAGCAACCGUAACGCUUCCCUGGAAAGCGUAGCCACAACGAGAGCGGCGCUCGAAGCCACAAAAUUGACCGCUGCUUUCCUGGUCGAGAAGCUCUGCAGCGGCACAGCAGAGGUGAAAAAGCAGGUCGCAUACGAGCUUCGCCUUCUUGCAAAGUGCGGAAUGGACAAUCGCGCCUGCAUCGCGGAAGCAGGGGCGGUUCCAUUACUGAUUCCUCUUCUCUCCUCAGAGGAUGCCAAAACUCAGGAAAAUGCCGUCACAGCACUGUUGAAUCUCUCCAUUUACCCUAACAACAAGAAGGUCAUCUUGGAAGCCACGGAAUCCAUUGAUUCGAUCAUCAAUGUCCUCAAAGCAGGGCGCAGCAUCGAAGCCAAGGAAAACGCAGCGGCAACGAUCUUCAGCCUCUCGGCCGUAAAUGACCACAAGAAAAUCAUAGGCGAGAAACCAGACGCCAUUCCGGCAUUGGUGGAGUUGCUGCGCACAGGAACCCCAAGGGGCAAACGAGAUGCCGUCUCUGCACUCUUCAAUUUAGCCAUUUUCAAAGACAAUGCCCUCAGAGUAGUGGAGGCAGGUGCAGUGCCAUUCCUCGUGAAGCUUUUGGGGGACGAUGAACAAGAACGGACAGGGCUUUCAGACGAUGCUUUAGCUGUGCUCGCCGUUUUGGGCGGGCAAAGACAUGGUCUUAUUGCAAUCAGCCAGGCUUCUGCAAUACCCAUUUUAGUAGGGCUUCUCCGUUCUGCUUCUCCCAAAGGAAAGGAAAACUCCAUAGCCGUUUUGCUCGCCCUCUGCAAAAAUGGGGGCAGCCUUGUUAUAAACUCUGUUCUUAGAUUACCUUCAUUGGUGCCCUCAUUAUACGCGCUUCUCACCUCAGGUACUCCUCGCGCUAAGCGAAAGGCGACCUCGUUUUUCAAGAUGCUACAGAGAUGGGAGUACUCUAGACUUCCUAUUGAUGACUCCUUCACUACCUAUUCUGCACAUUCCAGAAUCGCCAUCACUGCCACCGCCCCCUUGCGGUAGUCUCUUUUUCUCUUGUAAUUUCACAAAAUAGUAAAAUGAUAAAAGUAUUCUUCAAAAAUGGGUACAGAUAUCAUUCUACAAAAAUGCGUUACAGAUAUCAUUCUUUAAAAUUUGGGUUACAGAUAUCAUUCUUCAAAAAAAUGGGUUACAGACAUUUUUUUAUUUAAGAAUGUGAUUAGAUUGUCUUCUUGUUUUU